AAGCCUCAAUGCUGGAUGUCGUGCUAUGACAACGUCACUGCUCUUCCGUCCUCGCUGGGUCGACCCGUCGGUGAUGUUCCUCUACGACAACGGCGGCGGUUCCGAUGAAGUGAGCAAGAACAUGGACGCUGGCGGUGGUGGUUUUGCGGGAGGCAACUUUGCGGCGAACCAGUGCAGGAACCUGAUGGCGCACCCCGCGUCCCUCGCUCCGAGCACGGCAUACUCGUCAAGCGACGUCCCAACCUCGGGAAUGGGCGAGCCAUCCAAGCAGUGCAGCCCUUGCUCGGCUGUGCAAAGCUCAUCCAGCGCGUCCCUGCCCUAUGGAUACUUCGGUAGCGGCUACUAUCCGUGCAGAAUGUCGCACCACAGUAGCAUAAAGUCGUGCGGCACGCAGCCCCCCUCUGCGUACGGGGAGAAGUACAUGGACACAUCGGCUUCGGGCGAUGACUUCACCUCCAGGGCCAAGGAGUUCGCCUUCUAUCCGAGCUAUGCGUCGGUCCCAUACCAGCCCGUACCCAGUUACCUGGACGUGCCAGUUGUACCAACUAUGAGCGGGCCAGCAGAACACAGGCACGAGCCCCUGCUGCCCAUGGAGAGCUACCAGCCGUGGGCUCUAACUAACGGCUGGAACGGGCAGGUCUACUGCACCAAGGAGCAGCCUCAGCUCGGACACAUGUGGAAAUCCUCCAUACCAGACGCGGUGUCUCCUGUAGGAGGGGACCUGAGCUCCUUCCGACGUGGAAGAAAGAAGCGCGUGCCAUACACCAAGGUGCAACUGAAGGAACUUGAGCGCGAGUACGCGGCCAAUAAAUUCAUAACAAAGGACAAACGAAGGAGGAUAUCGGCCCAGACGAACCUGUCGGAGCGACAGGUCACUAUCUGGUUUCAGAACAGACGCGUAAAGGAGAAGAAGGUGGUCGUCAAAGUGAAGAGCAUCAGCUAGUUCUGACUGACAUACAACAAUGGGAUGGGA